AUGGAAUUUGAAGAUUUGAAAGAACAGUACGUUGAUAAAAUAGAUAUACGAUCAGCUUUUACAGGACAUUUAAGUGGAGAUAAACCUUUAUUGGAAGAACUUGGCAUAGAUUUUGGGAUUAUUAGAAAGGAAUCAUCUCUUAUAUUUAAGAUUUUCACACCAUCAUCUUUUGAUUGUGUAGUAAGUUCUGAUGUCACUGGACCUUUUGUUAAUAUCAUUGCUUUUUCUUUAUGUUUACUUUUAAAUUAUAAAAUGCAUUUUAGAUACAUUUAUUCUAUAUCCUUAUUUUCAAUAUUUUCUACGUAUCUUUUACUUAAUGUUAUGGAUCUAGUAGAUAUUAAAUUACUAGAGUGUUGUUCCGUUUUGGGAUAUUCAUUUACACCAAUUGUAAUGUUUUCGUUUCUUAACAUUUUUACAAAAUGGCUGCCUAUAAAAUGUAGAAUAUUUUUUGGAAUUAUUUUUGCCUUGUGGUCAGCUUAUACCGCUUCUUUUGUAUUUGUUAGGUAUCUUAAUGUAAGUAAUAAGCAAUUUCUUAUUCUAUACCCUUUAUUUAUUACUUAUAUAUGUUUUGCAAUAAUUGUAGUAUUUUAA